AUGGCGACCGCCACCAUGACUGUGACGGCUGUGCCGACCAAGAAGAAGCCUGACAUGGCUCCCGAGAGCGAGCGCUUCCUACGAUGUUGCGCCGACGUCGCGAAUGCCCUCAUUGAGGACCACGAAGCCUCAAAGGCUGGCCGCACAACUCGCGACAUCAACCUCAACUCGCUACGAAACAAGCUCGCCAAGAAGCACAAGCUCAUGAACAUUCCACCUUUGACCGCCAUCAUCGCCUCCAUCCCCGAGCACUACAAGAAGUACAUCCUACCAAAGCUUAUUGCCAAGCCCAUUAGGACGUCCUCGGGUAUUGCUGUCGUUGCCGUCAUGUGCAAGCCCCAUCGAUGCCCUCAUAUCGCUUAUACCGGAAACAUCUGCGUCUAUUGCCCUGGAGGACCCGACUCCGAUUUCGAGUACAGUACACAGUCAUACACCGGCUACGAACCUACGUCGAUGCGAGCCAUCCGCGCGCGAUACGAUCCAUUCGAGCAGGCUCGAGGACGUGUUGAUCAGCUCAAGUCCCUCGGGCAUUCCGUCGACAAGGUCGAGUACAUCAUCAUGGGAGGAACUUUUAUGUCUCUAUCUGAGUCAUACCGAGAGGAAUUCAUUGCCCAGCUUCACAACGCUCUCAGCGGAUAUCAAACUACCAAUGUCGACGAGGCCGUGGAGGCAGGUGAGAUGAGCAACGUCAAAUGUGUUGGUAUCACAAUCGAGACCCGACCCGAUUAUUGUCUACAGCCCCAUCUCUCCGACAUGUUGCGAUACGGCUGCACUCGACUCGAGGUUGGUGUACAGUCUUUGUACGAGGAUGUUGCGCGAGACUCCAAUCGAGGACAUACCGUCGCCGCUGUCGCCGAGACUUUCUGUCUCGCAAAGGAUGCUGGUUACAAGGUCGUUAGUCACAUGAUGCCUGAUUUACCCAAUGUUGGCAUGGAGCGCGACAUCGAUCAAUUCAGGGAAUAUUUCGAGAACCCUGCAUUCAGAACCGAUGGUCUCAAGAUUUACCCCACACUGGUCAUUCGAGGCACAGGUCUAUACGAGUUGUGGCGAACAGGACGAUACCAAAACUACACUCCCAACGGAUUGAUCGAUCUCAUCGCAAGAAUCAUGGCUCUGAUCCCUCCUUGGACUCGUAUCUACCGUGUUCAGCGUGAUAUUCCCAUGCCUUUGGUCACAUCUGGUGUCGAGAACGGUAACCUACGUGAGUUGGCUUUGGCCCGAAUGAAAGACUUUGGAACGACUUGCCGAGAUGUACGAACGCGAGAGGUUGGUGUGAACGAGAUCAAGAACAAGAUCCGACCUAACCAGAUCGAGCUGGUUCGAAGAGAUUACGUCGCCAAUGGCGGUUGGGAAACUUUCCUCGCCUACGAGGACCCCAAGCAAGAUAUUCUCGUUGCUCUUCUUCGACUGCGAAAGUGUACCGAGAAGUACACUUACCGAGAGGAGCUUACUGGCCAACCCACCAGUAUGGUUCGAGAGCUUCACGUCUACGGUACAGCCGUCCCUGUUCACGCGCGCGAUCCACGCAAGUUCCAGCACCAGGGUUUCGGUACGCUGCUGAUGGAGGAGGCCGAGAGAAUCGCGCUUGAGGAGCACGGAAGUGACAAGAUCAGUGUUAUCUCUGGUGUUGGUGUGAGAAGCUACUACAAGAAGCUUGGUUUCUGGCUGGAUGGACCGUACAUGAGCAAGUGGCUGGAUGGUCGCGAGCAACCCGAGCUGCCUCUUGUUCCCGAAUCCCUUCUAAAACAUGAAUCUCUCAACGCCAUGAACCCUCGUCAAAAUGGGGUUCCAGAUUAUGGAACCGGUAUUCUUCCGGUGAUACCUCCAGACGUAUCUUUGCCAGACCGUGAUCCACGAAGCAAUGCUGCUACCGCCGCUUCAGCAGCUGGUGUCCGCGCCUUGAGCACCCAAGUGAUCGCUUUUUACUUUCGUGCACCUGCAAAGGCCUUCUUCAGAACACGAGUGGAUUAUCUUGCCUAUGCUAGAAAUAUCCACCAGGCACAGACGCAGAUGCUAAUGAAAGCUGCUGCAAACGACGCUUCUGCUUCAGCGGUGACUACGCUUUUACGCCAAAGUUGGCUCCUACUAAGAAGUACGACACCUGGAGUUCUGACUUCAGCUAUCAGACACCAAGGAUGGGGUAUCGUACCGAAUCAGAUUUUACCGCCUCUUAUUGCAAAUGUUGGCGUUGGAGCAGUCUUGUAUACGAGUUAUCUCCAAAUUUUAGGACGGCUCCAUGAAGAGAGCGGCCAAGCGCGGAAAAGAGUGUAUCCACCACCUCAUCCAACACAUACCUUCACGGCUGGUUUGCUUGCUGGCGGACUCCAGAGCGUUUUAGCAGCACCUUUGGAUGCCCUUCAAGCGCGGUAUGACCACACCGAUCUCAUGCCUAACGACGGCAGCGGAAAACCCAGGAGUAUGUGGAAAUUCGGAUGGGAAAAACUUCGUGAAAUCGGUCUCAGGGGUAUUUUUGCAGGAUGGGGGUUGUCCCUCGCAAAGGAUAGUCUUGGAAGUGCUAUAUUCUUUAGCACAUUCGAAUACGUCAAGGCCCAAGGUUACUACCGCUUCGUUACGUGGUACUAUGGUGGCCUGGCAGAGGACAUUGUCGACGUGCUAGCUAUGAAGCGUCCCGCACACCAACAUCGUCAAGAAGAAGGCAUUAGGCUCAUCCGACCGCAUUACGCUCUCGAGCCAAUGUUUCUUCUACUCGGAGGCUUAGGUGCCUCAUUCACACAGCAAAUUCUCCUCCACCCCUUGACACAUUUUCAGGUCAAGCACUGGGAUCAUCUCGAAGACCUCGACGCCAAAGCCGCCAAACUGCGCGCGUCCAAAGUGGUCAAUCCAGAAAAACCCCAUCGGCGGUGGAGGAUGCUACGAGCUUACUACCAUGCUUAUCAAGAAUCACUAGCUGUCUGCAGAACAGAGGCGGCGGCUGAAGGGCUGAGCCUAACGAAAUGGCUCUACCGCGGGUUUUGGUGGAACGCAAUCCGUCAAGUGCCUAGCACGAGUGCGGGAUUGAUCAUUUUUGAGCUGAUACGGCGCAAGUACGGACUUGGACAGGAAGAAGUAAGGAUCACAAAGGAUGGGUAUGACAUUCUACUUCACUAG